GCUGAGCUCAGUCUGAUGUCACCACUGUAACUCGAGACUUCGGCUUUUCCUCUGAAUUGCCUUUAAAUAGCCAUGCCCGGACUGGGAGUUCCCUACCGGAGAGAGCCCUGGGCAAGACACAGCAGAGACUCUGACUGAUGCAUCCGACCUCGAUGAAAGCAAGGAGCAGCCAGGCGGCCAGCAUGUCGACCUCCCUGAGGGUGAGCCCUUCGGUCCACGGCUAUCGCUUCGACACGGCCUUGCGCAAGAAAGCAGUGGCCAACAUCUUUGAGAGCCUGGACCAAGAGUCGCUCCAGAAGCUUUUUCAGAACUCUGGUGACAAGAAAGCAGAGGAAAGGGCCAAAAUCGUCCUUGCGACAGACCAGGAUUUGGAGGAGAAAACCAGGGCGCUGACUGCUUUGAAGCAGAGGACAAGGGACAAACUCUUCCAGUUCCUGAAAUUCGGGAAACACUCCAUUCAAGUCCACUGACGACGUAAUGAAAGGCAGGAACAAACCGAAAAAAACAUAUGCAGCUCAUCGGCCAGAUCCAUCCUUUUUGCACCAGUGUUUCUCCAGCCAGUCUGAAGCUGACCGGGUGUGCAUAGCUGGAAAAGACUGUCAUGGAUCUCAUUUUCGGUACAUUGAUGGGGACAGCAAAAAAGCUUGCUCCAGGGAUGCAAUCUUGCAUACCGUAAACAGCAAGAGAAUGAAAGGAGCCAACUUGUGAGCGAGUCUGAGGAGUCCCCGAGGCAUGAAAUGGGGACAGGCCACCAAGUCGGACUCAACUUUUCCCAGCCAGCUUGGGCCGACCAGAGAUGAGAUCAUUUUUUCUUCUUAAUUUACUGUCUGACAAUCUCUCCUGACUCUUGUUUAUUGACUCUAUAAAGCCGUUCCUAAGUCUCACAAUUGUCUGCUGGAAUGAAAGGGAUUAGGAACUUAUCAGCAAACUGUCUAUUUGCAUUAGUUUGAAAUGCAUGGAGCACACACCGCCCAGGUGUGCAAACCACUUGUGCGUCAAGGGAUGAACUUUCUUCGGAAGCCUCGAGAAGUUAUCCUUGCUGACUGUUAUGCUGCAGAAGUGGAUCAUUGAACUAACUGCACAAACUUACAAAAAACACACACAAAACUCUGAACUGUGAAAGGUUUGCUGGGAGAUUGGUUCUUGUGUCAUCAGUACCGUUUUUGCCACAGUUACAAUUCUUGCAAUGAAUUUAACAAGGCAACUAUCUGUUUGAUGUUUUAUAAAGAUGCUGUAGUGUUGCUGGCAUUAAUUUAUUGAUAUGCUAAUCUGCAGAGCAAAUAAAUUAUAAGGGUGACACAAA